ACGAAAAUGGCGACUGCCAUGGUGGGAAGGACGGCGUGGUGCUGAGAAGACACGGUCUUCGAGGUUUGAAAAACACAGCAAAAUGGCAGCUGCACCGUCAAGUCUGGGAACACAAAUCCGUGAAGAACUGUCCUGCAGCAUCUGCCUGGAGCUGUUCACCAGGCCCAAAGUGAUGCCCUGUCAGCACACCUUCUGUCAGGACUGUCUACAGGACCAUGCAGAGAGGAGAGGAACUUUCCAGUGCCCAAUCUGUCGUCGGCAGGUCAGGCUGCCACCCCUGGGGGUUGCAGGUUUGCCGGACAAUCUCAUGGCCGCAAGUAUGUGUGAAAGAUUCCAAGUGAUAGUCCAGUCUCUCCCAUCUGCACCAAUCACAGCAGCACCUGCAGCAAAGGGCACACGUCAACACCAUGGUAACCAAAGGCAAGUGGUCCAGUCUCUCUCAUCUGCAUCAAUCCCAGCAGCACCUGUAGCAAGGGGCACAGGUCAUCACCAUGGUAACCAAAGGCAAGAGGAGCAUCAGCCUCAGAAGGUGACAUUUGGUGGAGAGGGAUUAGGAGCAGGGCAGUUCAAUGGCCCAUGGGGAGUUACAGUGUCAGAUGAAGGGGAGAUCUUUGUAGUUGGCUGGGAGAACCAGAGAAUCCAAGUCUUCACCCUGCAGGGAAAAGUUGUCCGAGAGUUUCCAACAGUUGUGUCAGGUGAAGAGGAUAUGGGACCACAUGAUGCGGCCCUGGACAGGGAGGGGAACCUGUGGGUGGUGGGUGGGACAGACUCUGCUGACUUUGCUGUGCAUUACAACAAACACGGCAGGGUGCUGAGGAAGUUUGACCUACAGAGGACAGGGAGGGCGAGAGGAGUUGCCGUGGACACCAGGAGGAACCACAUCUUCAUCACACAAACCACAGGAGACUGGCCCAACCUGCAUGGUGAAGUUUUGGUGUUCAGGCCAGAUGGAACACUUGAGAGAACUGUGGGUCAGCAGCAGGGGAUGAAGCACCCAUGGUACCUCACUGUGGACAGGGAAGGGAACAUUCUUGUGUCAGAUGAGGUGAAUCAGUAUGUCUAUGUGUACAACGAGGACGGACUGUUUCUGUUCCAGUUUGGAGGUGAGGGAAGUGGUGAAGGUCAGCUGAAGUAUCCCCUUGGCCUCUGUACAGACAGGGCAGGGAACAUCAUUGUGGCAGUGGGGGGAAACAGCCGUGUGGAGAUGUUUGACAAGACAGGAAAAUUCCUCAAACACAUCACUGCAGACCUGAAAUGGCCACAGGCUGUUGCCAUGACAACACAGGGACAGCUGGUAGUAACUGAUCGUGUUGAGCACAAAGUCAGCAUAUUCCAGAACUUCUGGAUCUAAGUGAUGUGAUGAU